CUUCAGGUGAGUUUGAAACACGUUCAUAGACCCACUGAAAAAAGCAUGAUUUCAUAGUGUGAUUUAUUUCUUACAGUUGAUAAACCGAGCCGUGAAAAUGAAGUGGGUCUUUGUUCUGUGUGCCAUGGUGGCGCUGUCCGAGUGCAUUGUCAAGGUUCCUCUGCAGAGGGGUAAGACAGCGAGGGAGACCCUAGAGGAGCAGGGUCUGUGGGAGGAGUACCGUCUCAAAUACCCGUACAACCCCAUGGCCAAGUUCGCCGACAGCUUUGCCGUGGGCAGCGAGUCCAUGACCAACGACGCCGAUCUGGCUUACUACGGCAUCAUCUCCAUCGGGACUCCUCCUCAGUCCUUCAAGGUCAUCUUCGACACCGGAUCCUCCAACCUGUGGGUUCCCUCCAUCUACUGCAGCAGCACCGCCUGCAACAACCACGACAAGUUUAACCCCAGCACCAGCAGCACCUUCAGAAACAACGGCCAUAGUCUGAGCAUCCAGUACGGCACCGGCAGCAUGACGGGCUUCCUCGGAUACGACACUGUGACGGUCGGUGGGCUCGCUGUGAAGAACCAGAUCAUCGGCCUGAGUCAGACCGAAGCUCCCUUCAUGCAGUACAUGCGCGCUGACGGCAUCCUCGGCCUGGCCUACCCACGCCUGUCUGCAUCCGGAGCUACACCCGUCUUCGACAACAUGAUGAAGGAGGGUCUGGUCAACCGCGACAUGUUCUCCGUGUACCUGAGCUCUAACUCUCAGGAAGGCAGUGUGGUGACCUUCGGCGGCAUCGACCCCAACCACUACUCCGGUUCCAUCUCCUGGAUCCCCCUCUCCAAUGAGCUGUACUGGCAGAUCACAGUGGACAGUGUCACUGUCAAUGGUCAGGUUGUGGCCUGUAAUGGCGGCUGCCAGGCUAUCGUGGACACCGGUACCUCCCUGAUUGUCGGACCUCAGAGCAGCAUCAGCAACAUCAACAGCAGGGUGGGGGCUGUCAGCCAGAACGGAGACUACAUGGUCAACUGCAACAACAUCGCCCAAAUGCCGGAUGUGACCUUCCACAUCCACGGACAGGCCUUCACCAUCCCAGGCUCUGCCUACGUCCGCCAGUCUCAGUACUAUGGCUGCCGUACUGGCUUCGGAGACGGAGGAGACAACCUGUGGAUCCUGGGAGACGUCUUCAUCAGACAGUACUACUCCAUCUUCAACAGAGCCCAGAACAUGGUGGGUCUGGCCAAGGCUACAUAAGCAACCUGGAGUCACUCCUACAGUUCCAAGCUCUUUCUAACAAUCACAUGUACAUCUCAUUGUUGUGUAGUAGGACUUCAGAGACAAAUCUUUUCCCUUCUCUAAAAGAUGAUUAUAUUUCCUCAUAUCUAAUAAAAGACAGUUGAAUCUGA